AUGUCUUCUCCCAAGACUCAUGCUCAAGGUUCGUCCUCCUCAGUUCCUCCUGAUUACAUCACUGGGGCUGGGGUUGACAUCCAUGCCAUAGAGGUUAGAAGCAAACUCCACCCUUUUGCCAAGAAGAAUCUGGAUGAGAAUGUCCUUCACCUCUUCGAGAAUACUUUGGUCCUGGGACCUCACUAG